CACAAACCAGCAACAUGGAUUCUCCCAUACUGUGGGGUGGUAUGGUACAGUGAAAAACACAUUGCUUCGCUAAAGGCGUGAGACGUGCUGACGAGUUCUUCAUGAGUAUCGGAUGCCGCUAAACCAACAUUCAACAUUGCUUCAUGUUGCCACUAGAGUUGUCGGAAAAAACUGCACAUUCUAUUUUGAAAAAUGGACAAAGAAUGGCAAAGAACACCUUCAACCCAUACCACUAUCACCUGAUGUCAUCAUAGUACAUCCACCACCUGUGUUGAGUGGCCCGUCGCCUGAUCAUGCCCACUGUCGCCAACCAUACAAUCCAGAGCAGGGAGCCAUCGCUGUACACUGUCAAAGCGGUUCUUAUUCUGGACAAUGAUGGAGACAGGCUUUAUGCCAAGUAUUAUGAUGAUACAUACCCCACAGUGAAGGAACAAAAGGCUUUCGAAAAGAACAUUUUCAACAAGACGCAUCGGACUGAUAGUGAGAUAGCAUUAUUGGAAGGCCUCACAGUCGUCUACAAGAGCAACAUAGACCUAUUCUUCUAUGUGAUUGGAAGUUCACAUGAAAAUGAGCUUAUGCUGAUGGCAGUUCUGAAUUGUCUAUUUGAUUCACUCAGCCAGAUGUUGAGGAAGAAUGUUGAGAGGAGAGCGUUGUUGGAAAAUAUGGAGGGCCUCUUCCUUGCUGUUGAUGAAAUUGUAGAUGGGGGAGUGAUCCUAGAGAGUGACCCACAGCAGGUUGUCCAUCGCGUGGCACUCAGAGGUGAUGAUGUGCCUUUGACGGAGCAGACAGUCACCCAGGUUUUGCAGUCUGCCAAAGAACAGAUCAAAUGGUCACUUCUGCGAUAAGACCACUCUGGUACCCAUCUACUGUUGAGCCUCUCAUCAUAGCACUGUUCCAUAUCUUCCUUUUCCUCUGGUCUAUUCCCCUCUCCCCCUUUCAUGACUGUGGAGAGCAUAGUGACUCAUCCAGUUGCACUCCAAAGAAUUAUACUUAACAAAAUGUCUUUCCAAAUUGCUGUUUUUCCUCUCUGCACAAAUUUGCAUUGUAUGCUAAUAUCAAGAAGGAUUUUAGGAUGUGAUAUGAUGGUAAACAUUCCGUCUUUUGGGUCUGGCUUGUCUCUUAUUUUCCAUUUGCAGACCCUCAUUGCAUUUUGGUAAAACUCAUCAGUCCUCAUAAAACAUUGCAAUGACUCUCAACAGUCUGUGAUAACAUUCCACGUUUUUAUUAGUAUGGGAAGAUGAACCUGUUUGACAUCACCCUGACCCCUUCAUAGUACUGUAUGAAUUCAAGGUUCAAGGCACUGAUUCUCUUAAUACCUUUUUCUGUUAUGUGUAUGUUAUAAUUCAACAUGUACAGUAAGGGUCUUGCAAGUAUACCACUGGUCUAAGAGGCAUGCAUUUGUUUUAUCCAGGGCACAUCUGUCAACGAAUACUCUGAAUAAAUAAGAUUUUUUGACAUUGAUGUUUGAUCAUCUGUAAAAUUGGAGAAAUAAAAACAGCGU